GCAUAUCCGAAGACGUAUCCUUGAUUUAGAGUCGCGUGUCGUAGGUUGAAUAGCUAGGUUUAUCGCAUAGUGAUGUUUGUACGGCUCCGACCCCAUCCCAUCAGUUCGACGGUGCACGGCACGAGUAACUAACAAACCGACUCAGUCCACCAUAGUGCGUCGCGAGCGCUGGUUCGACCAUCACGCCGCACCGCCAAAGCCCCACCGCGCGAGCUGUGCAAACACAUAUACACCAUAGUGAAUGUCACACGACUCGACUAGUGUAUUCCGCCCGUUAAAACAUUUCAAUGGCGCCCGCGCAAAAGAACGUCGACGCCGACGUGUGCGACAGCGAUCUGCCGUCCCAAAUUAAAAUGAGACUUAUGGCUAUGGACAAUAAGAGCCAAAACCAAGAACAACAAUGUGAUAACAAUAAUUCCGUGGACAAUAUUAGUGAGAAAGUGAACGUAGAUACAGGGUUCGACUUACAAAAAUACGAGGCUAUGGAGUUCAAAUCUAAGUUUAGAUGGCCCGAUCUGACUGUACAAGUGUUGUUGCAUUUAGUUUCUAUUUAUGGACUGUACCUGAUAGUUACAUUUAAAGUGAAAUUCUUAACAACGAUUUUUGCAUUCCUGACAAUUUACACAUCAGGCUUCGGUAUCACAGCGGGCGUGCACCGACUGUGGUCACACCGAGCGUACCAAGCUCGUACGCCGCUACGGGUGCUACUGGCGCUGCUCUUUACCAUCACCGGACAGCGUGACAUCUACACGUGGGCGUUGGACCACCGCGUGCACCACAAGUACACGGAGACGGCGGCGGACCCGCACGACAUCCGGCGUGGCUUCUGGUUCGCGCACGUGGGCUGGCUCGUGCUCACGCCGCACCCCGCCGUCGAGGACCGCCGCGCCGCCUUCAGGCUCACCUCGAGGGACCUCGACUCCGAUCCUGUCGUUGCGUGGCAGAAGAAAUACUUCAUCCCUUUGUUCGCGCUGCUGAAUGUGAUCCUACCCGUAUGGAUCCCGUGGUACUGCUGGGACGAGUUGCUGGUGAACAGCUUUGUGGUCAGCUUCGUCACGAGAUUCACCAUCACGCUCAACAUCGCAUUCUGCGUCAACAGCUUUGCGCACCUGUGGGGGAACAAGCCUUACGACAGGUUUAUAAAAUCGACAGAGAGCCUGGCGGUAAGCUUGGCUGCCCUGGGUGAGGGCUGGCACAACUACCACCACGUGUUCCCGUGGGACUACAGGACCUCCGAGCUCGGCCGCAUCAACAUCUCCACAGGCUUCAUUGACGCUUUUGCUAAAAUUGGAUGGGCGUAUAAUUUAAAAACAGCAACAAAGGCCAUGAUUAUUAGCCGAGCGAAGCGGAGUGGGGACGGCACCUUGGGGGACAUGGAGGAGCCCGAUCCUACGCUGAAAAAUGAAGGCAUCGAAUGAGGCGACAUCUAGCAUAAUUAAUCGGCCUUCUUUUGAGACACCUGACGCUGGAAAGCGGCAAUUACAAUUAGAUAUAUUAUUUCGGAAAAACAUUCCUAUUGAGACAUUUUCAUUUUGUGCUCUAAAUUAAAUACUAUGUAAUAUGACUGUUAGAUUUUUGUAUUUUAUAUUAAAUGUUGUUCUUUAAAAAAGGGACUUUUCGGAAAAAAAUGACCAGUGUUAAUAUUAACGAUUAAAUAGGUAUUUGUACAAUUGCAAUCCGAAGCGAUAUUAUCGCUAAUUGCCAUAUAGUAUUUUUUUUUACCCGAAAACGGCACUUUAUACGGGUAUGUAAUAAUAAUUAGGUUCGUUAAAUACUUUGAUGUGUGUAAAAUGUAUUUAGCUUAUCACUGUCUUGAAAUUAAUAUAGGAAUAUAUUUUGACUAUAAGCUUAUUACUAGGUCAACUAUAUAUUAUAAAAGCGUGAUAUUGGUUUUGUAUCGAGUUACUGGUACAGAGUGA